AUGCUGACUGUCUGGCGUGGCAGCAAGUAUGUGAACGCAGCUGUGCACGGCUUCCACUUCCUCUUCGGACUCGGCGCCUUCGUCGCCCCGCUCUGCGUGGGCUUGGCGCUCUCGGAGGGCCGCCCAGCUGUGGAGGCCUGGUAUUCGCCAAGCGCUGGCUUCCUACCCGCGAUGCUGACGUUGGGGCUGCUGGUCUCCCACGCGCAGCCCAGCACAAAAUCGGAAGAGGGAGAAACGAGUGGACUUCCGAAGGUGGUCUUGUGGACAGGCGCCUUCCUUCUCAGCUACGUCGGUCUGGAGGUGGCCUUUGGGGGCUACGUGGAUGCCUUUGCAGUGCGGCAUCUCCACGUUUCCAAGGUAGCCGCGGCUAACCUCACGUCGUUGUACUGGGCGGCACUGAGCGCCGCGCGCCUCGUCGCCACGCUGGUCACGCCAUACGUGAACCACUACCGAUAUAUCCAGCUCCACCUCUUGGGGGCCUUUGCAUCCAUGGCUGCCUUCGCCCAGAGCUCCUGGCGUCCUGGGACUGGCCUCUCCGGUGAGGUCGUCCUCUGCACCUUUCUCUAUGGCUUCUCACUUGGUCCGCUCUUCCCCGGCGCCCUUCUCGUAGCAGAGGAGAAGCUGCACCCAGAGCCCCUGGGCGGCCGUGCUGCAGGCUUCACAGUGGCUUGCGCUGCGCUGGGCGAGAUGAUUCUGCCGCUGCUGACCGGGCUCUGCUUCGACAUUGAGGUGACAUCUUUUGCCUUCGUGCAGCGGCUCGGCGGCUCUUGGCGCUUCUGGGGGCAAGAAGUUCGUCAAAAUGGUCCCCCCAGGGCUGGGUCAGGUGAUCCUUAUAACCCCUUAAGUCCUAAGCCCUUAAUCACGAACCGCUGA